AUGUCUCACUGGGCCGGGCUCCUCUCCAGCUCCAAAGUCAACCUGCUGGUCUUGGUGGUUUCUGCAGUGUUUUCCCGGUCAAGCCUAAGUGACAGAGUUCCCGAGUUUGCCCUUACAAAAAUAGAAGAGAGCGACAUAAAAGAUGACAGUGGGAAAGAGCCGGUAACAGAAGAUGAUGCUGAUCCUGAAGACCUGGAAGUGUUUUACCCUACACAUCAGUGGCAAACCAUCCGUCCAGGUCAAGCCGUUCCUGCAGGGUCACACGUACGAUUAAAUCUGCAGACGGGAGACAGAGAAGCCAAGCUCCCAGAUAGCGAAAAUGGAAAAAGUGACAUGGGAGAAGAGAGAAGAAGAAAAAGGCUGGGCAAGGUGGAUGUUGACUCAAAUUCAUUCACAUCCCAGGAGCUCAAAAAAGCGUUGGCUAAAAUGAAGGAGAGUGAAAAGGCAGAAAGAAAGGCCCACGAGGAAGAGGUGAGGAAGAAGUUUCGGCCCAUAGAGCAGCUGAAGGAGGAGUUUGAAAAGCUGAACGUGAAGAUGGAAACAGAUUAUGAAAUUAUGGUUCAAUUAAUCAGCAAAUUCAACAGCUCUGCCUCCACACUGGAUGAAAAAGUAGCGGCGCUUUAUGAUCUUGAAUAUUAUGUUCACCAGGUGGACAAUGCUAAGGACUUCCUCUCCAUGGGUGGACUCCAGCUUGUGAUCGACGGGCUGAACAGCACCGAGGCUGUGCUGAAGGAGCACGCUGCCUUCGUCCUGGGAGCUGCGCUGUCCAGCAACCCCAAAGUCCAGAUAGAAGCAAUCGAGGGGGCACUGCAGAAGCUCCUGGUUAUUCUGGCUACGGAACAACCCCUGGCUGUCAAGAAGAAGGCUCUCUUCGCGCUGUCCUCCAUGCUGAGACACUUCCCCUACGCCCAGCAGCAGUUCCUCAAGAUGGGCGGCCUCCAGGUCCUCAGGAGCCUCUUCAGGCAGAAGGGGAUGGAGACCCUCCACGUCCGUGUAGUGACGCUCCUGUACGACCUCAUCAUGGAGAAGAUGCUGCUUGAGGACUCACAGCACGGAGAUCAAGUGGAAGAGAAAAUCCAGCAGUACCGGCAAGUCAAGCUGGUGCCGGCGGUGGUGGAGCAGGACUGGUGCGUGGUCGUUUCCAAUCUGCUGGCCGUGCCGGAGCACGACACUCGGGAGAAGGUUCUCAAGAUGGUUGGCGUGCUGAUGGCCUUCUGCAAGGAGCGCUACCGCGGGGACCAGGCCCUCGGCACCACCCUCAGCCUCCUGCGCAGCGAGUACGAGGAGCUGGCGGCAGAAGAGCAGAGGGAAGGUGACAAAGACGGCUAUUUCAAGGAACUCCUUGGCUCUGUCAAUACCAUCAUUCAGGAAUUAAGAUGAAAAUAGCUGUAGAUUCAGUUCAAUUCCAUAUAAUUCAGUGAGUUUUGAUGGCACCAGUGUAAAUGCACUUUUGAAUAAACUGCUGGACUAAAUGAGAUCCCACCACUGGGCAAGUGUGCCAACAGCUGCAUUAUCAAAACACAGGCGUCUGGGGGAGUGUCGUCUUUUGCAUGGGUACUGCUGGAAAAAUAGAGGUAUAUACGUUAGAGGGAACGAGGUAGAGUCUCAGCUUCCGUUGCCUCCAACCAUGGUACCUUAUGAGUGUUCUCAAUCCGUCUGCAGGAUUU